AUGUUUCAUGCAAACGAGAAGCAAGUUAACAGAUCCUCAAAGCAAGCACCAACACGUGCUGUAAAUAUUUGCUUGAAAAUGUAUCAAAUUAAUCAAGAAUCUUGUAUCAUGAAACUUAGAGAAGAAAGGAAAGAGAUGCGAAACUGUCACAAAACUGGAGGUGCUCAGGGUUGGGGAAGUGUCAAUGUCAUCGUUACUAUUUCUGGAAGAUUUUUCUCUUUCCCUCUAGCUAGAACAGCAGCAAUUCCCUGUCAUUACAAAUAA